AUGGCACGAACUGUAGCAAGGAAUUUGGCAGCUCCAUUGCUGUUUCUGAACUUGAUUAUGUAUUUGAUUGUGUUGGGUUUUGCAAGUUGGUGUAUGAAUAGGUAUAUCAAUGGCCAAACUAAUCAUCCUAGUUUUGGAGGAAAUGGGGCUACCAUGAUCUUUCUCGUGUUUGCCUUGCUCGCUUCCGUCUUGGGAAUUGUGUCGAAAAUUGCUGGCGGGAAUCAUCUACGAGUGUGGAGAAACGACAGUCUUGCUGCUGCAGGUUCAUCGUCUUUAGUUGCGUGGGCCGUGACCGCACUCGCUUUUGGUUUGGCGUGCAAAGAGAUAAACAUAGGAGGGUGGAGAGGAUGGCGGCUAAGGGUACUCGAAGCAUUCAUUAUAAUUCUGGGAUUUACUCAACUUCUCUAUGUCCUGUUGCUUCACGCUGGGUUUUUCAGCAGCCGGUAUGGACCAGGGUACAGGGAUCCCGACUAUGGCGUCGGAGCGCCUGGAGCAGAGCAUGUACCCAAAGGUGGUGGUGUCACUGGGACUAGGGUGUGA